GCGAGUUGUGUGUCAGCUGUGUCAGGGUGUCACCAGCCAAAGCGGUCACUGUAAACUCUGUCCCUGAGCGGGAGCAGACCUCUGGGCCUUUCCGUGUGUGUCUCAGACAUGGCAACCCCGUCUAACAUGUUGGCCGAGGAGCAGGUGCAUUGCUCCAUCUGCCUGGACGUCUUCACCAAUCCCGUGUCCAUCCCCUGCGGACACAACUUCUGCGUGGGCUGCAUCCGCGGCUACUGGCGCACCAGCGUGCUCUACCAGUGCCCCAUGUGCAAGAAGACCUUCUACAAGCAGCCCGACACCAGCAUCAACACCGUGCUCCGGGAGAUCGCCGAGCAGUUCAAGGACGUGCGCCGUAAGAACAGCCAGCUGCAGCAGCAGAAAGAGCUGGAGGAGCAGGAAGCGGAGCAGAAGGAGGAACAACAAAAGAAACAACAACAACAACAACAACAACAACAACAACGGCAGCCACCACCACGACCAAAACAACCAGAGAAAGUGCAGCAGCAGCAACAACAAACACAAAAGCAACAACCACAACAACAACAACAACAACAACAACAACAACAACAACAACAGAAAACACAACAGGUGGUGCCGAAACUGAAGAAGAAGCCACAGGCAGAAGAGGAGCUGGAGGUCCCUCCCCUGCCCCCACCCCCACCCCCGGUGGCGCCCGCUCCCGCCGAGGAGCUGCUGGCGGACAUCCCCGAGCUGCUGCCGCCGCCGUGGGCCGAGGAGGUGUCGUGCGACGUGUGCACGGGCAUGCGCCUGCGGGCGGUCAAGUCGUGCCUGGUGUGCCUGACGUCGUACUGCGAGGAGCACAUCAAGUCGCACAGCGCCCGCUUCACCAAGCACAAGCUGAUCGAGCCCGUGGCCAACCUGGAGGAGCGCAUGUGCACCAAGCACGAGCGGCUGCUGGAGCUCUACUGCAAGAAGGACCAGACCAUCGUCUGCGUGCUGUGCACCGAGAUGGACCAUCGCGCCCACUACACCAUACCGGUGGAGCGCGAGUGGGCCGAGAAGAAGACCCACCUGAAAAAGGCAGAGGCCGAGGUGCUGCAGAUGAUCCAGGACCGGCAGAGGAAGGUGGAUGAGAUCAGGCGCUCAGUAGAGCUUAACAAAUCCAGUGCGCUACGUGAGAUCGAGGACAGCAUGCAGGUGUUCUCGGAGCUGGUGCGGGCGGUGCAGCGGGCCCAGGCCGAGCUGGUGCUGGCCAUUGAGGAGAAGCAGCGUCAGACGGAGCGCUGGGCCCAGGGCCUCAUCACUGAGCUGGAGCAGGAGAUCGCCGACUUGCACAAGAGGAACUCCGACCUUGGGCACCUGGCUCGCACAGAAGACCACAUCCACUUCCUACAGAAAUUUCCGGCACUUUGUACACACCCACCCACCAAGGACUGGUCUGGGACCAGCGUUCACACUGAUCAGUGUGUGGGGACCAUCAGGCGUGCCGUGGCCAGACUAGAGGACACGCUGGAGGAGGAAAUAGACAAACUGGCUGCUAAUGAGCUGAAGAGAGUCCAGCAGCAUUUAGCUGAUGUGACCCUUGACCCCGACACGGCCAACCCGUGGCUGCAGCUGUCCGAGGACUGCCGCCAGCUGCGGCACCUGGGCUCGUGGCAAGACCUGCCGGACACGCCCGAGCGCUUCGACACGGUGGUGAUCGCGCUGGGCCGUGAGCCCAUCGUCUCGGGCCGCCGCUACUGGGAGGUGCAGGUGGGCGACAAGGACGACUGGUACCUGGGCGUGGCGCGCGCCUCCGUCAACCGCAAGGGCCGCAUCGCCGUCAGCACCUCGCACGGCUACUGGGCGCUGGCCAUGAAGAAGGGCGGCGAGUACCGCGUCUCGUCCAGCCCACCCCUGCUCCUCGCGCUGCCCGCCAAGCUCAAGCGUGUUGGCGUGUACGUGGACUACGAGGAGGGGCAGAUCUCCUUCUACGACGUCCUGGCGCGCAGCCACCUCCACACCUUCCUAGACACCUUCCAGGAGACACUCUACCCCUUCUUCUACCUGUACUGCUGCGACAAGGCCUCGGACACCAUCGCCAUCGGCCCCGCCAGUGACAAAACCCUCAUCAAACAGUACAGAGCCAAACCCAGCCCUACAGGCUUCGGCUCUCAUUUCAAUAGAAAUGAAACUUGGACCUUAGAAAUGUCAGCAUGCCGUAAAACAGAACGGGAAAUAGGAAGCAUGUCAGAAGACAGAAACCAAGGAGACAAGAAGAAAACAAAUAAAAAUCACUUUUUGUUGAUUGCGGAAAUGGCCUGUGCUUCACCUGUGCGCCCCUCCCUGGGCUCCGCCAUGAAAGCCUCGCAGCACCUGCGUUGCUCCAUCUGCCUGGACUUCUACACAGACCCAGUGACCACGACGUGCGGCCACACCUUCUGCCUGACCUGCUUGGACCGCAACCGGCACUACAACGACACGGGGUGCCCGCUGUGCAAGAACUUCCUAGGCGGCAGCGGGCAGCUGAGGGUCAACGUGGUGCUGAAGGCCCUGAUGGAGGAGGAGGUGGAGGCGCUGCGGGCCAACGCCUGUUCCGGGUCGCCGGACGAGGUGCCGUGCGACUUGUGCCCGGCGAGCAGGAGGCUGAGGGCAGUCAAGUCCUGCCUGGUGUGCCUGAGCUCGUACUGCGCCGAGCACCUGGGGCCACACGUGGACCGGCUGAGGCUGAAGGGACACAAGCUGGUGGCGCCGCUCGGCGAUCUGGACCAGAGGGCCUGCUUGACCCACGGGCGGGCGCUGGAGCUCUACCGGCCAAAGUGCGAGGGCAGGGACACGGCCUGCCUCUGCACCAUGUGUGUGGAGGAGGGAGAUGUGGUCAUCCCAGUGGAAACAGCCUGGGACAGGAAGAAGUCUGAGUGGGGGAAAAUCAAGAGUGGCAUUAAAGAACAAAUUCGGGAGAGGGAGAAUAAGCUGAAGGAGUUUCAGACCUUGGCUCUGGACUGCAAGACUCAGAUAGAGGCAGAGAUGAAGGAGGUGAAGGGGGUGUUUGUGGAGGUCAUGAAGGCCGUGAGGAGGGCUGAGGAGGAGGCGCUCGGGCCUUUAGAGGAGAGGAAGAGGAGGGUGGAUGAGGAAGAGCAGAAGCUGCAACGGGGGCUAGAGGAGGAGAUCGGGAAAUUUGAAGACUUCGUCACGAGGCUUAGCCAGUUGGAGGACGACGAGGAUCACGUUCAGUUUCUUCAGAGGUCUCCCUCUGACCCUGCCCUGAAAGGAAUGAGGGACUGGACAGAUGUUGCCAUGGAUACAGACCUCAGUUUUGGCACUUUGAGGAUUACCCAGGCGACCAUGAUGACAGACAUAGAGGCUGAGUUUGAGAAGCUAACAUCUCUGGAAAUGAGCAGAAUCCGGAAGUUUCUUGCUGACGUGACUCUGGACCCAGACACAGCCCACCCCCACCUGAUUGUGUCCAAGGAUGGGAGGGAGGUGAGCUACAGGGACGAGAGGCUAGACGUCUCCGACGGUCCCCAGAGGUUCGACACGUUCGGCAGUGUCCUGGCACAUGACGUGCUUUUCUCCAGCGGCCGUGCCUACUGGGAGGUGGAGGUGGGGGACAAGACUGGCUGGGACAUUGGAGUGGCGAGCGAGGAAGCCAAUCGGAAGGGGGCGAUCUCUUUCAAGCCCCGAGAUGGUUACUGGGCCCUUGUGCUGUACGGGGAGGGCCAGUACGCAGCACUGGAUGAUCCCAGGGUCAGCCUUUCCCUCCAGACGAAACCCCGGAAGGUGGGGGUGUUUGUUGAUCGCAAGGAGGGCUUGGUGUCUUUCUAUGAUGCAGAGGUCAAAGGUCACAUCUACUCGUUCACUGGCUGUUCCUUCUCCAUGGGCCUGAGGCUCUUCCCCUACUUCAGCCCCCAUCUUUCCACUGGACAGAACUCAGAGCCAUUGGUCAUAUCCCCUGUUAAACACUGCACUUAAUUACCAUAGGUUAUAUAGGCUCAUUUGUGUCAAACUUCCAAAAGUCCAAUACAAUUAUAUUUAAUACA